AUGGAAUCACUCCAGAAAGAGAUCGUUUUGGUACAGAAAGUGUGUGAGAUUUAUCAUAAAAUUUCAAAGCUUGACAAUCUGAAACCCUCCAAAGAUGUUGAUAGCCUCUUCACUGAGCUGGUCCGCACAUGCAUCCCACCCUCUUCUAUAAACAUAUCCACUCUCCCGGCCAAUAUUCAAGAAAUAAGGUCAAAGCUCAUAAGACUUUGUGGUGAGGCUGAAGGCCAUCUUGAAGCCCACUUCUCCACCAUUUUAGGCUCUUUCCCAAAUCCACUUGACCAUCUAAAAGAAUUCCCUUACUACUCCAAUUACCUGAAGCUUAGCCGUCUUGAGUUUGACAUUCUUACUGAACACUAUUCUGCAUUUGGAGAAGCCCCUAAGCGUCUUGCAUUUGUUGGGUCUGGCCCCUUGCCUCUCACAUCUAUUGUAUUAGCCUCUUAUCAUCUCAAGGACACCAUUUUUCACAACUAUGACAUAGACUCUUCCGCAAAUUCGAUGGCCUCUCAUCUUGUUUCGUCUGAUUCUGAUUUGUCCCAAAGAAUGGUAUUCCACACUGCCAAUAUAAUGGAUGUGACAGAUGAGUUGAAGGGAUAUGAUGUUAUUUUCUUGGCUGCACUUGUAGGGGUGGAUAUUGAUGAGAAGGUUAAGGUCAUUGAUCAUUUGGCAAAGUACAUGGCCCCAGAUGCUUUGCUCAUGCUGAGGAGUGCUCAUGGUGCCCGUGUCUUUCUCUAUCCAGUGGUAGAAGCACAACAACUUCAAGGGUUCGAAGUUCUCUCCGUUUUUCAUCCAAAUGAUGACGUCAUCAAUUCAGUCGUGAUUUCACGUAAGAUUGCAGAUCCUGUUAACGAUGAUCAUGGUGAUAAUCAUCAUCAUCACCAUCAGUUGGGGAUCGAGUCCGUCAUGCCAUUGAGUUGCAAGUAUUGUGAGUUCCAAGCUUUCAACAAUCCUCUUGGCCAGAUGAAAAUGAUUGAUAAUUAG